AUGGCAGAUGCGGAAUGGGAGGCUCAUAAGGCAGAGAUCGAGCGCCUUUACAUCAGAGAGAACAAAAAGCUAGAGGAGGUCUUGCAAUUUAUGGAAACGACAUAUGGCUUUCGCAAAACGAAGUAUCAAUACACGGCGAGGCUUAAGAAAUGGGGUUUUAAGAAAUAUCGCAUGGGCGCUCUCAAGUGGAGACACGUCAACAGAGAAAUACAAAAGAGGGCAGCUGAAGGGCAGAAUCUCGAAGUCUGGUUCGACGGGGUCUAUUACGAUCCAAAAACAGUGCAAUUUGAGAUUCAUCGCCAGGGUUUUCAGAGAGAGACUGACAAAUAUCAGCCAUUGUCCCCAACACCUGAAGGACUUAUUGUCUGCUCUCCUGGUCCGUUGAUAUUUCAAAUUACAUGGCCACAGAAUCUCCCAUGGUUUAUUUUCUCCAAUACUGCGCUGAGCAGUUUACAAAACGUCCCGAGCAACCCAUCUAUUUCACUGGAACAUCUUCCAGGGGGUCGGGAAAUGGACCUACCUUCCCAAAUCAUCGAACGUGGUCUCAUCGAUUCUCUCGGCUCCCUUAUGAUCGGAAGCCAUGCCAAAGUGCUGCGCACCGGACGCAAUAGCGCCAGGGUAGCAGCAGCUCUGAGCUCAAUAAUGCCUGAACAACACGAAGGUCAAAACCUUUACAUAGCAGAAAGACUUUGCGGUCUCAGAGGUGGCAGUGAUGCCGUGGAGCGCUUACAAGUUGCACUUUUCCUGCUUUCCAACAGUUUUCAAACGAAUGCCUAUUUCCAUGAUAUAGAGCGAGGAGAGCCUAGGACUAGCAAGGAAGAUCAAACGAUCAUGGCAACAUUCUAUCAAUCGGGCCUGGAUACCGUCAACAACCUCAAAUAUCUACUUUCCCUCCCCGGGGCAACAGCACAUGCUAUAUCGCACAAGCUUUUUGCAAGUGCGGUGAGAUCCGAGGACGUAAGAAUGGUUCGGAUGGCUUUGGAAGCUGGUAUGAGUCCUGAUAUUCCAAUUGUUCAUGAUGGAUUUCCCGUGCCACCUUUGGUACUGGCUUCCAACUUCAGAGACUCCCGAGCGGCUCUGGACAUGUGCAACUUGUUCCUAUCAUAUGGUUCUGGGCUCAAGGAUAUAAGCAUCCUAGAAAGGGCUCUCUGUGAAGCAAUCCGCUCAAGAAAUAAUGAGCUCAUCAAACUAUUUCUGGCUCGAAAUAUUCCUAUACCAGGAGAGGCAUUAAGCGCCGCAAUUAAGACGAGAACCCCAGGCCUUUUCUCUAUGCUCCUUGAUAUUGACCCCAAUAUCAACAAACGAAGCGGUGGCUCAUACGACCUUUCGAUCCUCGGGCUUGCUGUGGACCGAAACGAUGUGUCUCUGACACAAUAUCUGCUUGCCUUAGGCGCGGAUGUUGACGCAAUUCAAGAUGUGAAGUUAGAUGUGAAGUUCUGUGAAGACUACAUUGUCAGAUCAACCACACUUGGACUCGCGAUAAGGAAAGGCAACGACGACAUAAUCAAUCUUCUUUUGGAUACCCAUCCAAAUAUCAACCACCAAGAGGCAUCAGAUGACUACAUCCCCCCACUCGUCUUAUCGGUUGAAUGUGGUGCCAUCAAUAUCACACAGCGUCUGUUAUCGGCGGGUGCAGAAGUCUCUAUUGGUGAUGGAAUCCAAGAAAUGAGCCUCGUGCAACGGGCUCUUGCGAGAAACGAUCUCGAAACUUCCAGACUGCUCAUAUCCUACGGAGCCAGUGUAGAGCCAACUCAGAUGGAGGAUUACUAUACCUCCAUCCUGUAUGAAAAUGUAGCGAUGAACAAUAUCGACACUGCAAUUUCCCUAUUGAGUUGGGGCGCAAGGAAGAAUGAAACUUUUUACGACAAGGUCCCAGACACCAUCCUCGGCGCAGCCAUAGUAGGUGGCCACUGCGAAAUGGUUGGAUCUCUUCUCCAAGCUGGAGCGACAGAAAUUGGAAAAAGCCUGAUUCAAAUCGGAAACUUGGAAACUGCAAUGUACUUGGAACAGCUUGGGCUGCUGCCUCAAAUCCUCCAUUGCUAUGGUCAACCGAUACUCGUGUCUGCUAUUAGGAUGUCGCAGAGAAGCGAUGAUGGUCUUGUCCGAUAUUUGCUCGAUCGUAAUGUCGACAAGCAGCCUAAAAAUCCUGUUGGGCCUGGGCGGUACUGGAGGUUUUUGGAUUACGCCACUGUUUGCCUAUCUCCGCUUGCAGCUGCAAUAUUUUACUUACGUUUCCCAGAGAGCUUUUCAUUGGCAAAGCUUCUGAUUGUACGAGGAGCAAGCAUCGGAGAUCUUGAACUGACAGCAGCAGUCGAGGAUUAUCGAUGCGGUUCGCAACAUUUUGGAAUUCUUCAACUGCUUUUGGACAAUUUGUCACAGCAGCCUUGUGCUGUCCCAAAUGCCUUCGAGAAGGCUUUACAAUAUGAUCACAUUGUUUUUCUUGUGCGGCGCUUUUUAGAAAUUGGUCUUGACCCCGGAGGCAAAGUUGUUGCUAGCGGGUUUUUGGACAAUAUUUUCCUGUACCAGCUGCACGGAGUCCUCGACUGCGAAGUUCUCGAUUCUAUCCUUGAGAGAGCAGUCAUUUGGCGAAAUGGUGUGUCACUUAGGACCCUUCUACAUUCACGAACAUGGACUGCGGUUGAAAAAGGACGAGCGCUCACCACAGCUCUGUAUCACCGUCGCAAUUCCGCGGUACAGGAUUUAUUGGAUGCCGGUGCGGAUGUGAAUCAGGCGGUCAAGAUUCACCUUGACUUAAUUCCUCCCCUUUGGCUCGCCGUUCGGAGGCAGGAUAUCUCUCUGACUAGACGCCUGGUUGCUCUUGGUGCUGAUUACGUCAACCGACCAGUCUCGUCUCAUUAUAGAAGAACGGCAUUACAAGCCGCGGUGGAAGAUGGAAGUGUUCAAAUAGUGGACAUGCUAUUGGACGCUGGAGCAGAUCCUAAUCAGUGUGCGGCCGAAUUUAGGGGCGGAACAGCGCUCCAGUUUGCUGCAAUCAAGGGAUACAUCGGUAUCGCUCGCAAAUUACUUGCAAAGGGAGCCGAUGUCAACGCAAAAAGGUCCUUACGAAAUGGCAGAACAGCAUUGGAGGGGGCUGCGGAACAUGGUCGCAUUGAUAUGCUGCAGCUGCUUCUGAACGAAGGUGCAUCAAUUGUGGCAAGUGGCCGUCGCCAAUACAUUCGAGCAGUCAAAUUGGCAGAAAAGAAUGCCGAAUUCGGUGCAGCAAAGCUACUCAGAGACCAAGGGGGUUGGACUGAGUGGGAUGCAAGGCAAUAUGAACGUGAAGAGCUCGACCUCCAUGAGAAUGUCUGGGACUCCACGAUGUCAAUUCCGCACCGCAGGAGAACAGAGCAAGAUUAGGCCACCGCUCUU